GAUUCUGUCGUUCGGCCAGUAUCGAGGUCUCUCAAUUGUUUUUUGGCGCUGCGCUGAUUCGCCAACAGCCAACAGCAUCGGCAUUCAGUUCGCUUGAGCAGCUAAAAGCGUCGAAACGAGAAGCGAGAAACGAGCGCGGUGCAAACUGCAAACUGCGAACUGCGAACCAUUCAUUAAACGUUUCGCCAUUGUCCGCGAACCGCGAACCGCCAACCGCGAUCCAUUAAUUGGUAGCCAUUAUUAACAGCGUGCAAAUUGGACAAUUCAUAUUGCAAUUGGAUUCGAAUACGGCGGAAUACGAACUACGGAUUGGACAGUGUAGUUGUCUCGUUUGUUGCAUUUUGUUCGUAUUUUUUUUGUUGUUGUUGUUUGAAAGGCGCCAAUGACAAGAAUAUGACACCACAGGAGAAGAAGGUGUAUGGGGAUACCACACAGCCGCUGCCGAGGCGUGAUCGGGGCUACUAUAAUCGAAGGGACAAGAGUGAUCUUGGCGAGCAUUUUGUGGCGCCCGAUGGCGGCUGGGCGUGGCUGGUGUGCGUGGCCGCUGGCUUAUCCAAUCUAUCGCUGUAUCCGUGCCUGCAACAGUUUGGCUUCCUGUUCCGGGAGCGGCUUAUCAGUCUGGGCAUGUCCAGCUCACAGGUGACGGCCAUAAUCAAUACAAACCCAGCCGUAUCUGCCUGUACGGGCCUCCUCAAUGGUCCAAUGUUCCGGCGCUUCACCUUCCGCCAGGUGGCCAUGGCUGGCUCCCUGCUCUGCUUCACCGGCAUAGCCCUCACAGCCUUCUGUGAGACCUUUGCUGGCUACAUCUUUGCAUAUGCUAUUUUAUAUGGCUUUGGCAUGGGGAUUAGUGUGAGCGCCUCCUCGCUGGCCAUCAAUACGUAUUUUCAGCAGAAGCGUCGACGCGCCGCUGGCUUCUCGUGGACAAUAACGGGACUGGGACCGAUCUUUCUGCCAUAUCUGGUCACAUUUCUGCAAAGCGUCUACGCUGUGCAGGGAACCGUGCUGAUCUUUGCGGCCAAUUCGCUACACUCGUUUGUCAGUGCGCUAAUCUAUCAGCCGGUGCGUUAUCAUGUGGCGCCAACUCUUAUGCAGGUGGAGCAGCAGCAGCAGCAGCAGCAGCAGCAGCUGGAGCCACAGGCGGAGAUAUUGUGCGUCCAUUGUGCGCAGCAGCAGAAGCGAGAGCCGGGCGGCAUCUUCUCCAGUCAGUAUCUGUGCCAGGACGACGAUGCACAGAGGCCCGGCUACGAGAUCAUUGAGCCGGGCACGCCCAUGUUGUCGCGAGCCAAUGAUGGCUGGUAUGGAUCGAAUCUAUCGCUCAAUCGCUCAACCGGACGCAAGCGAUUUCGCACGGUGUCCAGCUGCAAAGAUUUGGAGCACACACAGCGGCUGCAUUCCCCGAUCGACGAGGAGGAUCAGCAGCAGGAUACAGAGCGAGAGUUCUUUCGGCCCAACAAUUUUCGGCGUGAGCGCGAAGAAUCCAAUCUGGAGUCGAGGCUCGGCUGCACCUGUGCCGAGCAGCGGGCCCUCUACGCAUCCCAUCAAGCAGCGCUGCUCGAGCGAAACAAGAAUGAUGACACGCAAAUGGCGGAAACUCUGGCAAAGAUGUCCUUCAGACAGAAGCUGGUGACGUUUUUCGAUCUGGAUCUGCUGCGGGAUGUGACCUUCGUGAAUCUGGUUGCCGGCCUGACGGUCAUCAAUUUUGGCGAGCUCAACUUUUCGAUCCUAACACCGUUCAUACUGACUGACUUUGGAUUUGACACGUCACAGAUUACCGUGGCCAUGUCACUGAUGGCCGGCAUGGAUAUCACAAUGAGAUUUCUGGUGCCGUUCAUUACCGAGAAGAUGACUUGGGAUAAUCGUGUCUUUUUUCUAAUCGGCGUCGUUGGCAUCGCCCUUGGGCGUACCAUUGUUGCCGGCACCAGAUCCUUUGCGGUCAUCCUCUCCUGCUUUGUGUGGAUCGGCUUGUGCAAGGGAGUGCGCACCAUAUUCUGGCCACUGAUCAUACCUGGCUAUGUGCCAUUGAAUCGCUUGCCAGGCGCCUCCGGACUGCAGCUACUCAUCUCAGGUCUAUUCACGCUCAUCUGCGGUCCCCUUGUCGGUCUUGUGCGGGAUCGCUACAACUAUUCGGUGACGCUGCACUGCCUCGACGCAUUGUCAUUUGUGGCAGCUGCCUUGUGGUGUUUGGAGGCGCUGCUGCGACGACACAGAAGCAAACGGAUCAGCUGAUCAAUAUAUAUAUUUAUAUAUAUAUAUAUACAUAUAUACAUAUAACUUUUUUUUUGUUUUAAUGUAAGCUCUAUAUAAUACAACUUGUACUUAUAAUUUAAAAGACAUACUGUACUUAUUA